UUCUCUUUGACUUCUGUCGGCCCUGGGCCGCGUGGGAAGGAACCUGGGCGACACUCAAGUCCCACAAUGGCAGUGACCUUUGAGGAUGUGGCUGUGAACUUCACUUUGGAGGAAUGGGUUUUGCUGGAUUCAUCCCAAAAGAAGCUUUACAGAGAUGUGAUGUCAGAGAUAUUUAAGAACUUGGCUGCUAUAGAACAAAACUGGAAUGGCCAGCAAAUUGAAAAUCAGUGCAAAUGUUGGAGGAGAAAUCUAAGUGAAGAGAUAGAGGAGUGCUGUCAAUAUAAAUUAUGGUAUCAACAUGAAGAAAUGUUUUUUGGGACUCCAGAUCAUAAUGUGAACAUGAAGCCACUUUUUACAGAACCAACUGAAAGGAUUACUUGUAGAAAUCCCCUAAUUCUUCCAUCAUCACUAAAUGUGCCUUUCAUAACUCACACUGCACUCAAAUCAUAUGAGUAUCAGAAAUUUGAAGAGAAGCUGUCUAACAAAAAUGAACAUGGGGAAACCUGCAGAGAUUUCCAGUCCUUUCAGAAGGAUGCAAGAACAAACCCUAGAGAGAAACCCUAUGAAUGUAAGCAAUGUGAAAAAUCCUUCUCUGAUUGCAUUAAAGAAACUCAUAUUGGAGAGAAGCCCGCUGUAUGUAAACAAGAUGCUAAAGCCUUCAAUACAACCAGUUAUUUUCAAAUUCAUGAAAAUAAUCACAGUGAAAUGAAUGUCUCUGUAUGUAUACAAAGUGGAAAAGCUUUUAAUUUUCACCGCAGUGUUCAAAUACAUGAAAGGGCUCAGACUGGAGAAAAACCCCAUGUAUGUAAACAGUGUGGGAAAGCCUUCACUAAUAAAUUUUCUUUUUGCAGACAUUAAAGAACUCACAAAGUGGAGAAACAUGUAUGUAAGCAGUGUGGAAAAGCCUUUACUGAUAAAAGUUCAUUUUGCAGUCAUGAAAGAACUCACACAGGGGAGAAACCUUAUGUAUGUAAGCAAUAUGGGAAAGCAUUCAGUAGAAACAGGUAUUGCCAAAUACACAAAAGAACUCACACUGUUCAGAAACCCUAUGUAUGCAAACAGUGUGGGAAAGCAUUCACUUAUGACAGUUCACUUUAUAAACAUAAAAAAAAAG